AUGCACCGCACACACCAUCCCCAUUGCCACACACGCACCAAGGCAGACAGCACGCCCUGGUGCUUCCACACGUAUGCCCUGCGCCUGCCACCGCUCUCCUCCUGCCCGCCCUACCCUCGCGUGCACAUAAACAGCUCCAGCUGCCCCGCAGUCUCCUCCCACGCAAUCGCCCCCACCGCGGGCUCCUCCUAUGCGCUCACGGUGCGCGUGUCCCGUGACAUGCUGAGAGGCGGCACCGGCUGCACGGCAUGGCCGGCCUCUCUCUUCCUCGCAGAGGCCCUCCUCUCGCACCCGUCUCUCCUCCUCCCCUCUCCCCACCGCCCCUCCACGCACUCGCCCUUUACACCCACCCCCGCGCCUGCUGACUCAACCCAAGGGGCCCCUGCCGCCCCUGUUGAUGGCGCUGCGGUGGGAGCCUCUAAGGGCCCUGGCAGCACGCCGGUGGCUGGGGAGCCGCGCCCUGUGAACGCACCGGUGUGCCUGGAGCUGGGGGCGACUUUUGAGUCGACUCAAAUGUCACCGCGCCCUGUGAACGCACCAGUGUGCCUGGAGCUGGGGGCGACUUUUGAGUCGACUCAAAUGUCACCGCGCCCUGUGAACGCACCAGUGUGCCUGGAGCUGGGGGCGACUUUUGAGUCGACUCAAAUGUCACCGCGCCCUGUGAACGCACCAGUGUGCCUGGAGCUGGGGGCGACUUUUGAGUCGACUCAAAUGUCACCGCGCCCUGUGAACGCACCGGUGUGCCUGGAGCUGGGGGCGGGCUGUGGGCUGCUCGGGCUGUGCCUCGCGCCCCUCCCACUUGCUAAGAUGCCAGCACCGCCUCUCUCACCAGCCUCUGCUUCACUCACUCCCCCUUUUUUUUGCCGUUUUCUGAUGCCCUUUUCCCGCCCUCCCCCCACCUCUCACCUCCCCCAGCUCAUUCUGACAGACGCCAGCACCGCCUCUCUCACCAACCUCUGCACCAACCUCGCCACCAAUGCGCUGCCCUUCUCCUCGAGCCCGGAGAUUCCUCUCGUGCACCCCUUGCGCCCUCAUGGGAGCAAGCGCACAGCAGUCCCGAGUCAAGGCGCGCAGCACAGGGCGCAUGAGGAGGAGCAGAGCGCUGAGAGAGAGGAGGUGUGCAAGGGGAAUAGGUCAGAAGGGGCCGCAGAGAUGCAAGGGUGGGAGGGCGUGGGGGGGGAAGGGUGUGCAGGAGGGGAGGGAGGAGCAAGGGUGCAUGUGCAGCAGCUGUGUUGGGAAGAGGUCACACCCGCGCUUGCAUCAUCCCUCUCUGCUGACGUCAUCAUUGGUGCUGACAUCGUGUACGACCCCUCCGUGGUCCCCGCCCUCGCUGAUGCGCUGGCAGCCUUCCUGUCCACGUCAGCGCACAGCGCAUGCACGGAGCGCGCCACCUGGCAAGAUCAACACCCAGCUGACAUGGCCCGUGCUGCUCCCACGCAGCACGCCGGCAUCCCUGAACAUGUCGCUUCCUCCCCACUACCCAUCUCCCUGCCUCCGCCCCCCUAUGCCCUCAUAGCCUCCACGCACCGCAACCCGCUCACCAUGGCAUGCUUCCUGCAGGCCCUGCACGACCGUGGGCUGCAGGUGACGGAUGUGGCAGUAGAGCUUCUGCCCCAUUGUCAAUCUCGGCCUCUGUCAAGAUGGUUCCAUUACUUGGAGCUUCCAGAAGCAGAUCGCAUGAUGCUGCACCUGAUUCAUAUGUGA